AUGUACAGAGUAGCAAGUGCCUCCGAGUAUUUGGUCAUCACCGGCUUCGGGAUCGAUGAUAUCAAAAUCGCUAAAAAAGCAUGGGUACUUCCCGGCCAAUCCUAUUCCAUCUUCGACAUCUCUCCGGUCAACUACACUUUCGAAGUUCAGGCCAUGAGUGCCGAGAAACUCCCCUUCAUCCUUCCCGCCGUAUUCACCAUCGGUCCACGCUCCGACGAUAUGGACAGUCUCCACAAAUAUGCUAAACUAAUCUCUCCUCAUGAUAAGCUAUCGCACCAUGUGAACGAGCUCGUCAAGGGGAUCAUCGAGGGGGAGACGCGUGUCCUUGCUGCCUCCAUGACCAUGGAAGAGAUCUUCAGAGGGACAAAGGAUUUUAAGCAGGAGGUGUUCGAGAAAGUUCAGCUGGAAUUGAAUCAGUUUGGAUUGUGGAUCUACAACGCCAACGUCAAACAGCUGGUGGACGUUCCUGGACACGAGUAUUUCUCGUAUUUAGGGCAAAAAACACAAAUGGAAGCUGCAAAUCAAGCUAAAAUUGAUGUUUCUGAAGCCAGGAUGAAGGGUGAAAUAGGGUCGAAGCUUCGAGAAGGGCAGACGCUGCAAAACGCAGCAAAGAUAGAUGCGGAGACGAGGAUCAUAUCGACGCAAAAUCAAGGACAGGGGAAGAAGGAGGAGAUAAGGGUGUCAACAGAGGUGAAGGUGUUCCAGAACGAGAGGGAAGCUGAAGUGGCAGAGGCGAAUGCAGAGCUGGCAAUGAAGAAGGCAAAGUGGGCCAAGGAUUCACAGGUGGCGGAGGUGGAGGCCAACAAAGCGGUGGCGCUUCGGGAGGCCGAGUUGCAGAAGGAGGUUGAAAUCAUGAACGCGUUGACUCAGACGGAAAAACUAAAGGCUGAGUUCUUGAGCAAAGCUAGCGUUGAAUACGAAACUAAGGUACAAGAGGCCAAUUGGGAGUUAUACAAGAAGCAAAAGGAUGCCGAAGCAAUUUUGUAUGAGAAAGAAAAAGAAGCCGAGGCUCAAAAGGCAAUAGCCGAAGCCACACUUUACGCUCGCCAACAAAUAGCCAAUGGUGAAUUAUACGCAAAACAAAAGGAAGCAGAGGGUCUUGUUGCCCUUGCCCAAGCCCAAGGUACCUACAUACACACCCUUUUGGGUGCAUUGGGCGGAAACUAUGCAGCUUUAAGAGAUUAUUUGAUGAUUAACGGAGGAAUAUAUCAAGAAAUGGCCAAGAUUAACGGAGAGGCUGUCAAGGGACUGCAACCAAAGAUUAGCAUUUGGACCGGCGCAAGUGGUGGCGGAGAGGGCAUCGAUGGUGCUGCUAUGAAGGAAGUUGCCGGUGUCUAUAAGAUGUUGCCACCGUUGUUUAACACGGUUCAUGAGCAAACCGGGAUGUUGCCUCCAACUUGGAUGGGCAAGAUCACUGAAUCUUAAUCAUUCAAGUUUUUUGCAUAAAUGUUUUCAAGUUUUUGUCUUGAAACAUUAAUAUUUAAAUACUUUUUACAUGUUGAAAAGUAUGUUUGUGUUCAGUUGUGUGGUUUUUGUCCAAUGGUUGUCUUCUCUUUUCGUACGUCGUAUGUAUAUGUAAGCAUUGAAUACUCGAUUGCAAUGA